AGAAAAAGCUGCGCAAGGGCGGCCGCGCUUCAUUUCUCCAGCCACGCCGACCCGGUUCAGGUCCAGCCUCAGAGCUUAGCCGAGGACCCGGCGCGCCCCCUUACCUCGUUUCGGACCAGGCAUUUCGCCAAGCCCGGCCUUUGGGAUUGAAGCGGGGGGGGGGCUUUUUCUUCCGUCCGGGACAGGAGUUUGGAGAACCCCCGAUUUAGGGUCGGCUUUGGGGGGGCUGCACCCUCCGCCCGGCCCCCAGCCUCGCUCAGAGUCCCUCCGACGCCCCAUUGCAAAAGACAGCGAUCCGCAGGGCGGGGGGGGGGGGAGAAAAAAAAACCCAGCACCCCGACCGAUCCAAGCUCCCCCCGCUCUCCCGCCGCCUCCUUUUGUGUGCUUCCCUCCCCGCCGAUCCCGCGUCCCGCAUCCGCAACGAAGGUGGAGCCGGAGCGCGGCGACACCUGGCUCGCCAAGAUGCCCAUGGAGCUGACGCAGAGCCGGAUCCAGAAGAUUUGGCUGCCGCCGGACAAUCAUCCCACGCUGCCGCGCCGAUUAUGUGGUCCACAACUCACCAAUUCCCCCACGGUCAUCGUGAUGGUGGGUCUGCCGGCUCGCGGGAAAACCUACAUUUCCAAAAAACUCACCCGCUACCUCAACUGGAUUGGUGUGCCGACAAAAGUGUUCAAUGUUGGCGAGUAUCGCCGUGAGGCUGUGAAACGGUACAGCUCUUACAACUUCUUCCGUCCCGACAAUGAGGAGGCUAUGAAAGUCCGCAAACAGUGUGCCUUAAGUGCCUUGAGAGAUGUCAAACUCUACCUGUCUGACGAAGGUGGUCAGAUUGCAGUUUUUGACGCCACCAACACAACUCGCGAGCGAAGAUCCAUGAUCCUGCAUUUUGCCAAAGAAAAUGGAUACAAAGUGUUCUUCAUUGAAUCCGUCUGCAAUGAUCCCACUGUGGUUGCUAGCAACAUCAUGGAAGUCAAGCUGUCCAGUCCAGAUUAUAAGGACUGCAACUCAACAGACGCCAUGGAAGAUUUCAUGAAGAGAAUCAGCUGUUAUCAAUCUAGUUACCAGCCUCUUGAUCCAGAUGGAUACGACAGAGAGUUGUCGCUCAUCAAAGUGAUUGAUGUCGGUCGAAGAUACCUGGUGAACAGAGUCCAGGACCACAUCCAAAGUCGGAUUGUCUACUACUUGAUGAACAUCCAUGUGCAGCCCCGGACCAUCUAUUUGUGCCGGCACGGCGAGAGCGAAUUCAACCUCAAAGGGAAGAUCGGGGGCGACUCGGGGCUCUCCACCAGAGGCAAGAAGUUUGCCAGCGAGCUGAAUAAUUUUGUCAAGGAGCAAAACCUAAACGAUCUCAAAGUCUGGACCAGCCAUCUAAAGAGGACAAUCCAGACAGCAGAAGCCCUUGAUCUGCCCUACGAGCAGUGGAAAGCUUUGAAUGAAAUUGAUGCUGGUGUGUGCGAAGAGAUGACUUAUGAUGAAAUCAAGGAAAAGUAUCCCGAAGAAUUUGCUCUGCGCGAUCAGGACAAAUAUUAUUACCGCUAUCCAUCUGGAGAGUCCUAUCAAGAUCUGGUCCAGAGGCUGGAACCAGUGAUCAUGGAGCUUGAAAGACAGGAAAAUGUCAUUGUGAUUUGUCAUCAAGCCGUGAUGAGAUGCCUUUUGGCUUACUUCCUCGACAAAAGCGCAGAAGAAAUGCCUUAUCUGAAAUGUCCUCUCCACACAGUCCUGAAACUGAGUCCUGUGGCUUACGGCUGCCGAGUGGAGUCCAUCUAUCUGAACGUUGAAGCUGUGAAUACUCACCGGGACAGACCAGAGGAUGCAAAGAAGGGACCUAAUGCGCUCAUGAGACGCAAUAGCUUCGUCCCUCUGGCCAGUCCAGAGCCCGUCAAAAAACCACGCAUGAACAGGUUUGAGGAUCAUGCCGCUGCUUCGGCCGCCUUGCCAAUCCAUACCUGUCUAUCUCCUGACGGCCCGGUCCAGCUUCCCGGACAAGUUGGUUCUCUUUUCUUUUUGUUGAACCUGAACACUCCACACACGCAACCUUGACACUCUUUUGGCGCUACAGCAGGAACCGCGGAUGGAAGCCAAGCGCCCUAGCAUCAUUCAUCUCCGAAACUUGCAGUCUGCUCCACAUCUCUGUUCAGCUCCAGUUGAUUUGUUGAUGAUCUCCAUCGCUGGUUUAUAUCUUGCCUUCUUGGGACGUAAAAAAAUGGAGUUGUGGAAGGAGGAACCACCAGAGAAAAAGAAAGAGAGAGAGAGAGAUGGAUGAUGGAUGGAUGGAUGGAUGGAGGAAAAAAAAAUAAAGGAAAAGAAAGAGACUUAUUUCAUCAGCAUAUAAACUGUGAAUCUGAACCUGAUUUUAAAGCUGGUUUAUUUUUUAUUUUUUUUUUCAUCUCUACUUUGGUAGACUCCAGCAAGCAUCAGAGUGCAUCUGUACGCACCAUACAUCCUAGGUCUCUUUGUUAUUCUGUUUUUUUUCUUAAGGAACGAACUUGCCUUGCAGAAGAUCACUGUGCUGAUCCCAGCGUCUCUAAGAUAAAGGAUUAGGGUCUGCCUAGGUGGGCUGCAGCUAAGACAGAGGCAAAGGGGAGAUGAAAAGUUUUCUGGGUUACAUCCGUGAGUCUGUUCCAUCUAUUCGUUUCUAUCUUAGGGAAGGAUUCUCCAUGAAUUUUAGCUGUCCUCAUGAACUGGUCCAAGACAGAGGCAAUCAGUUGCUCUCAGACCUGGAGAGAAAAGGGAUAGAGGCCAAAAGCUUGGGAAAAACAAUUGUGAAAUGUUGUUUUAUUUCCACAGAGCCUACACACAAGCCACACUUCGUAAGCGAGAGCCUCGCGACUCUUCUACGGGCGCAUAAACAUCCGCCAUCUCCACCGGGACUGUGUCCUGGCCCUGCUUUGGGAUAGUUUUUGUGUGAUGGGACACAAAAAUUUUUGUGGACCCUGACUUCUCAAGUGGGUGGGGGGAGGACUUACCACUCAGGCUCGACUCCAAUCCAUUUUUAAGUCCAGUGUUAAAAGAGAUGUGCUGGUCUAAAUUUUCAGACCUGGGGUGUAUGGUUUCGCCCCACCUUGCCUUCUCCCCUUGCGUGUUUGUGUGUGGCUUGUGGGAAGGUCUGUCCGGGGACCGCUGAAGGCUUAAGAUGCCUCUUUUACGUUAGAAGCAUCCCACGGUGCAAACAGGGUAUGUUCCUAUCGACCGACGAAUGAGCUUCCGGCAACUGGGACGUUCGUAGAGAUCUGCAAAUCUGGAGUUGGCAAGGCUGUUUUUCAAGCUUUCCACUCCUUGAGUCAGCCACCGGAAACGGUUUCUGAUCCUCACGUUUGAGACGCCACUGUUUGAUCCACCAUAUUAAAAUCUGUCUUGGCAAGUUUUUCUAUCAAGGAGAGGAGUUUAGGGCUAUAGUUCUGUCCUCAGCGUGGCCAAUAAAAAAUUUAAAAAAGUGAGACGAAUGGCUGAUGUACCCCAACGCAUUAGAAUAGCCAUGCUAGGAGCAAAGUUAAGAUUAGUUUCAUUCAGGUGAGUUGAUUAUUAUGGGCCUCCAGGGACCCCCCCCUUCCUUUUUUUACAUGUUGAAAUAAUUAUCCUUCUUAGAAGCAGUAGAGGGCUGUUUUAAAUGAUCGUUUUUGCUAGUUUUGAAGGACAUCUGAGUAAGCAUGCUUUCCUUUGGAGCAGAAUUUCACUUGGUGACUUCUCAGCCGUUCUCCUGUGUCCCAGUUCAUAGGCCUCACACAGUUUAUAGGCCUCACGUGUGGCUGACAAAAGUAACAAUAGGCUGGUUUCGAACGCAGAGCUUCUUUAAGACUGAACUGUCCUGCCAAAGGGUUACUGGAAAAGCUGUCCAGGAUGAGCAAUUGGUGGGCAGGGUGAGCUGCCUUGUGUGCGAAUCUCGCAGGGCGAUAAAAGGUGAUGUUAUUUUCCAAAUAAAGGAUUGUUUGACCCAGACUCCAAAGUGUUGACUUGCUAAUCCGAGAUGGUUUGUAUAUGUGUAGUAACACUCCGUGUAGAUCAGAGGUGGGGAAUGAUGGCCCUUUUAUGACUGGUGGACUUCAACUCCCAGAAUUCCUGAGGCAGCCCACGUGGAAUUCUGGGAGUUGAAGUCCACAAGCCACGAAAGGGCCAUCGUUCCCCUCCCCGCGGUGUAAAUGAAAAGCUUUUUCUGCUUAUUAAAAUUAGCUUGUUUUAUUCUUGUUUUGCUUUUUAAAGACAAUUUUUAUACAUUGGGUGUUUUUCGGAGCUUGUAUGUGCCCGAGCACGCAAGAUUGAUCUUUUUUUUCUUUUUUUAAAAAAAAUCCGUACCUAGGUGUGAAUGGUUUCAUCUCCAAUCCGGCAAAUAUUUCCUUUUUAAAUCCUGCGGCGAAAUAGAGCAAAUGGGUGCAAAUAAAAAUUAACUUUUCCCAUCCUCCCCCCAAAAAAGAUCCGGGCUGACAAAUUGCAUUUUGUGAUCAACGUUUUAGGCCAACUGUUUUCUUACAAAUACUGUCCAUUCGAAAGAGGGAAGUAAGGAAAUAGAGAAUGAUAAGGGUGUCUCUCACCCAUCUGGAAAACAGAAAUCUCAGAACAAAAUGGAUUUUUCCUGUUUGAAAAGAAGGGGAAAAGCUCCAAAGGCUGUUAAUUACCGUAUGGUUGUGGGAUUGUGUGGGGUGUUUGUGCUUGCAGGGUGUGGGGAACAAGAAUAGGACAUGGCACAGAAAUUUAAAUGCCAUUUAAAUAUCACGCCAAUGGUUCCUUGUCAGCUUGAGCUUUUUUUUUCCUUUGAUACUUGAAGUUAGAUUUUUUUAAAAAUCAUUUUUAACAGCAAGAGGCUAUUUAUUUAUUUAACUGAUCUCGCAGAACCACCAGAAUCCCCCUUCUCCGGUCCUCGUAAAUUUUAUACGAAAUUUUAAGUUGUGUGUGUAUGUACAGGGUGAUUUUAUCUUCUUUCCCCUCAUCCCUGGAGGUGAAGAGCAGCGUAGCUUAUAAAACAGGUCUGCCUUUCUUUGGAAAUUUGUAUAUUUUGCAGUUGCCGGAACAAUUAAAAUACCAUCUUUAACUAGAA